CCGGGCCGGGCUGGGCUGGGCUGGGGGGCGGCGAUGGGAGCCCGGGGGGCCCCGGCGGGGACCGCCACGGCCGGCGCUGCCGCUCCGCCCCGCUGAGCCGCGGUUCCUGACCCGCCUGCUCGGAUGGAGGCCCAGAGAGCUGUCAUGGAGGAGUUGGUAGAGGAUGACAUCUGUAUUUUGAACCAUGAAAAAGCAGACGGUGCUCAUAAGAGAGAUGGGGAGAUUCCUGUUCCCUCUUACAGUGGAGAUGAGUCUGUUGCCUCACAUUUUGCACUUGUGACUGCAUAUGAAGAUAUCAAGAAACGGCUAAAGGAGACAGAGAAGGAGAACUCCUUCCUAAAGAAAAGAGUGAGAAUUCUAGAAGAAAAGCUGCUUGGCUCCCGGCUGGAAGAGGAAUGCAGCUCAGUUGGACGUGAACAAGUAAAUAAGGCAUACCAAGCCUAUCGAGAGGCCUGCAUUGACCGAGAUAGUCUGAAAAGCAAACUGGAUAGAAUAAUGAAAGAAAAUGCAGAGUCCAUUAAGAAUUUGAAUGAACAGUUGCAGUCUAAAGAAGUAGAGCUGUUACAACUAAGAACUGAAGUGGAAACUCAACAAGUGAUAAAAAAUAUGAAUUGUACUCAGUCCAGCUGGGAAAUAGAGAAGCUCAACAGUGACCUGAAAGUGCAUAGUCUGGAACAGGAUAUAGAAAGCCUCAAGCAAGAGUGCAACAGUCUCAGAAAGGAGUUGCAAAAAGCCAAGCAGAAGGACCAGGCUCAAGAAGAAAGUCAAUCAAAUGGAGACCACCUUCACAGAAGAGACAUCCAGAGUGUACAACAAGCAUACUGGGAACUGAAGAGAGAAAUGUCUAAUUUGCGCCUAGUGACUGACAUACAGGCUGAGGUUCUACGAAAACUGAAAACAAACCCAACAGUGACCAAGAAAGCUGCCUCUACUUCACCGGUCCAACGUGUUGAUUUGAACAUUUCAAAGCCGAAUUUGACACCUGGAGUAGUCUACAAAAAACUCUCACAGAACGAUCAAGUGUUCUGCAAUCCUGUGUCUCCUCCGCUGCCAAGAGUUGGAAAAACCCCAUCUGAAAGGGUGACUCUACAAGCAUGGACAGAUGAGAGACACGUUUCAGUUGAUAGCAGAAUGUUUCAGGAUCACCAUUCUUUUGGAAGGAGCUCUCUGGAAGAUAAUUCCUGGGUAUUCCCAAGUCCUCCAAAGCCUAAUGAGAAUGUGUUUUGGGAAAUAAAAAAUAAAACAACCUUGUUAAACUGUCCAGCAGAUUACCUGGAUCAGUGUAAUCAAAACUGUCUGCACAAGAGUUAAACAAUUUUUAGAAUGAACAGAGCAAUUUUUAGAAUGGUUCUGAAUAGGCACCUUAACACUUGAACUUCUAAAGAGGGAAAACAAAUUGCUUGAAAUAUCCUUUUAUUCUUUUUUUUUUUAUUCUAGCUUUGAAACAGAAAGCUUUGUCUUCCUCUGCUGUAAAACAGGAGCAAGUUCCUUGAAGUUAAAGCUGUGCUGGUAUAAUGUAAAUAUAAAGAAAUCUGGCAUGGGUCCUAGAUAGUUGUGUACUGCAAAUGGCAUAUGUUUGCAGAAGAUGACACUGAAACGUGAGUUCUUGGAAUAAAACAAAAUAAUCCAGUUCUGUAUUUGUUUGCUAUUUGUAUGUUAUCAAGAAAAUUCUUGGUAUCCUGUGUUAAAACCUGUAACAGUUCUGACCUUAUAUUUUGACAUUUUGUUUUUUUCAGUUAGACAAAAUGAAGAUUUGGAUUCUCUCUCCCUUCUUGCUUUUAAUUAAGUUUGUUUCCUCUGAUUUAGAAAUGCAUUUUAAUGUCUUUUUUAACCAAGAAAGGUGAGAUUUCUUUUUUUUUUUCGUUAUUUAUAUUAGAUAGUGGCAAGUGAAAAAUCACUGUUUGGCUACCCUGUUUAGAUUGCACCAUUUUAGGCCUUAUUGUGAAUUAGAAAGGAUCCUAAAUAAUGUUGCUGAACACUGUGAAUCCUGGAUGUUCAGCUUGUUUCCCUCAGUUUAUGCUGUAGGAAACAGAUUUAAUUCUGUGCACAGUGGUGCCUGCCACAGAGUCAUCCUGCCCACGGUGCAGUUACCUUUAUUGUGCCUCCUUUGCACAGCACUGGAACCUUGACUUUGGUUGGUGGUGAAGGCUACUAACUUUUAUUAAAGAAACAAAGCCUUAAUUUCAUCUGACUUAAGUGUUGUAGCAUUGUUGACACACAUAAGAAGUAUUUUUGUGGUAUCUUUAAUAUGCCAUUAAGAACUAAAGUUAUUUGAAUUGCAACUGCCUGCUUUAUGAAUUUUGGAUGUCCUACUAGUAUUAUUUGUUUUUUCCUUUGAAGGCAAAAAAAAUUUUAGACACAUACAAUUUAAGCUUUUUUUUUUUUUUAACUGUUCUGCUUCAUAUCUGGCUUAAUACAUCAGGGUAAGUGAAAUGCCUUGACUGCUCCAUAGCUUGAAGAAAAUGCAUUGUAUUUUAGAUCAUGGUAUCAUGAGCCAUGAGCCAGCAAUGUGCCCUUGUGGCUAAGAAGGCCAAUGGCAUCCUGGGGUGUAUUAGAAAGGGUGUGGUUAGUAGGUCAAGAGAGGUUCUCCUCCCCCUCUAUUCUGCAUUGGUGAGGCCGCAUCUGGAGUAUUGUGUCCAGUUCUGGGCCCCUCAGUUCAAGAAGGACAGGGAACUGCUUGAAAGAGUCCAACGCAGAGCCACAAAGAUGAUUAAGGGAGUGGAACAUCUCCCUUAUGAGGAAAGGCUGAGGGAGCUGGGUCUCUUUAUUUUGGAGAAAAGGAGACUGAGGGGUGACCUCAUCAAUGUUUACAAAGACAUAAAGGGUGAGUGUCAAGAAGAUGGAGUUAAGCUUUUUUCAGUGAUGACCAGUGAUAGGACAAGGAGUAAUGGAUACAAAUUGGAGCAGAGGAGGUUCAGUGUGAAUAUCAGGAAAAAUUUUUUUACUGUGAGAGUGACAGAGCACUGGAACAGGCUGCCCAGAGAGGUUGUGGAGUCUCCUUCUCUGGAGACAUUCAAAACCCACCUGGACGCCUUCCUGUGUGAUGUACUCUAGGUGACCCUGCUCUGGUGGGGGGGUUGGACUAGAUGAUCUUUCGAGGUCCCUUCCAACCCCUAUGAUUCUAUGAUUCUAUGAUCUAACUUGUAAUAGGUAGGUGAGGUAUCCAACUUAACGGGUCCAGAUUAAAUUAGUGUAAUAAAAAAUAAUUUCACAGCUGUUUAGUAACAAAUUAUCUUAAAAUUACUUGCAAAUACAUGGGGAAUGUGUAACUGUAGUGUAGCCCUAGUAAUGAUAGGCUGUAGAAGUGUUACCAAGGUGCUGCUACAUGAUCUGUGUGGUUCCAGACACCUUCUUCCCUGUGGAGUAAGUACUUGAUAUGAUGCCCAUCUUCUCCUUUUUCAGUUUGUCUAUCGAAGUUGAAAAAAUGCUUUCCAGAUACCUUCUACUGUAUUAGUGAACAGCAUACAUAAAUAAUGUGUGAGUAUCCCACUCGCCAGAUAGUUUUUAUCUAUGAUCUUGCUCACGUAUACUGGCUUGUCUGUGAUUAAUGGAAAUAGUGUCAGAUGCUGGAAUUUAUUCUGACCAAUGAACACGGCUGACUCAGGGGAGUACAAUCUCUUGGAAAGUAAUAGAACAAAACCCAUUAUGCAUAAAACAAAUCCACGUCACUGGGCUUUAGCUGAUAGAACCAACUACCUGUGUAAUAACAAAGCAGCAGAGAACAUUUCUCAUGUGGCUGCAUAAGCUAGAGGGUAUCUAGUUUUAAUAUAGCUUACUUUUGGGGUUUCCUACCUCAGCUUUAGAGAGGGUUUGUUGUUUUUUUUUUAAGUAAUGUAUUAUCCAGCAGACAUCAACAUGAUUAAUACUUUUAUUUGUGCAAUGAAGGAAUUCUACUGUGUAAGUUUUAAAAUAAAUUUAUUUUUGUUUGAAA